CUGAUUCCCAAGUUUCCGAACUUCAUAGACACUCCGUCCCCAUAAUGAAAGGUCAGAAAAACGUUGCACCUCGCCAAAGGCCAGUGUCCUGUCAUUUCUGCAGGGCUCGAAAAUUACGAUGCAAUCGAAUGGCCCCCUGCUCCAACUGUAUCUCGCGGCGUAUCAACUGCACUUUGGAAAGUCCCGUGGUGCAUCCCAGCAACACUCCCAGCACCCCAAGUAUUUCCGAAACGUCGGAGAUUAUUGAACGGCUCAAUAGGCUCGAGAACCUGCUGGCCACCCAGAAAAUAGACGUGCAUGGACAGAGUGGCCAGCCUCCGGAAGUUGAAGGAUCUCGACCGCCGCUCGUACACGCUGCAACUUCACCACCUCAAGCCCAAACUUUGGAUGUGGACAGUGAAGUCUCUUGGCUAGAAAGUGCAUUUUUAGACCAAAUUCCUUCGGUUCAUGUCUCCAAAAGCCAAGUUGUGUUCAGGACAUGUCCGGUUGGACAGAUCACGAGUGCAAAAUCUUACAUAUACCCACGCGAGCUUGGGACCAUAGGAUCCUCUGAAUUGUCAAGAUGUAUCUGGUUGCCUCCAGUGACAGAGGCUCGAGUACUCCUGGACAAGUUCAUCCGCGUUGCCCAUCAUUUACCUUAUGUUACUCAUAUCUCCUCCCUUCCUUCUGUUCUCGAACAAAUCUACGCAGAUUUAAACCAGCAACGCCAGAUACAGUUGGGUCAAGUGGUUUGGCUUCUAAGCAUUGUGGCGGCAGCGACCCAUUCUUGGUUAGAAAGCGACUGUGUCUAUGGUCUUUUCACCACUUCUGCGGGAGCCAAUGACCAGGCUUCUCUAUGGAUCAAAGCCACUGAGGAUGUACUCGAUAUGGCCUGUCAAUCACCGAAGGUCUCAAUCGAAGGUGUUCAAGGGGCCAUCAUUCUGGGAUUCGUUGCAGCCCACGUCGAUGGUCUACAUCGAUAUCGCGUGCUGUUUGCUAUAGCUGUGGUACUGGCUCGAGACUUGGGGCUUCAUCGCAUCGAUCAUCCAUCCAAUGCUAGCAUGGCGAAUACAGCUCGAGCAGAGAUCGGACGAAGGGUAUGGUGGUAUCUGUGUGCAUCAGAAUGGAAGAUGGCAGCAAGGGUCGGUGGCAUGGCCGAAGGAAUUUAUUCCUGCCAUCCACGGCAGAUGAUAACGAAAAAACCUCUGAAUAUCAACGAUGAUGAAGUAUUUGAUGGCAUGAGUCGUGAUGAACGACCACUAUCUCAGCCAACGGCAAUGUCCUAUACAAUGCAGAGAAUCCGCCUCGCAGAGAUCUCUCGCAGUAUCGUCGAGCGAAGUCCUCUCGCCAUGGCGCACACGGACGGUCUGAGUCACGAUGCUGUUAUGGAUAUCGAUACCGAGUUACAGACACUUAUCAACGACGUUCCAGAGUUUUACUCCAUGUCGAAAUCCGCAUUGAUGCAAACUUAUCGGCUGACUCAAUCACAAGCAGAGAAAGUCGUUUUUCAGGGGUUGACAACUUACUUCUUACUUUAUACGCAAAGAUGCAAGCUUCACUUUCCAUUUUUCGCCCAUAGCUUUGAAAACCCAGCAUACUAUCCAUCACGCGACAUCUGCAUUAAGUAUGCGCACCUUAUUAUCCAAUCGAAGUUGUGGCUGGAAAACUCGGACAUCGACUGUGCAACAGGCUUCAAAUUCGCCGGGCUCUUGAUCGGUGUCUUUUUAGCCUGCAUUGUUCUUCUUAUGGAUAUUUGUACCAAUCCGUUAUCCCCACAAAAUGAGCAGCAGCGAGAAGAGGUGUACAAAUCAUUUCAGAUUAUCCAGGAAGCACAGAAUGAGUCACAAACAACUGCUAAGAUUGUCGGCUCCUUGGUGCAUAUUCUACAAAAGUACAACCAGCAGCCUCUCGAUUCGACCCAUCAGCAGCCUCGGGCUCCUGCUCAGACAGAUAUGGCUCUUGAUGUUUCUCAAGCUCCUGGUUACAGCGAAUGUGGCGCGAUCGUUCCCCCAAUGUCUUCUUACAUCGGAGUCACUGAUAGCCUGAACAUAGCGGAGGAUGGACCACCAAAUGAAGGAGGAGAUGAUCUGUCCUCGUAUUGGAAUAAUUUCACUCAGAGCUUCGAGCAAGGUAUUGAUGUCAACAGUUUUGAUUGGGACAACAUAUUUUUAGAGCUCGACUCUUCAUUCAUCUAGAAUGAGCAAGUGAAGUGUAUAGGACAUCAUGCUAUGUUUGAUCUUCAGGGUACGGGAAAGAUUUGUUUGCAGCAGUCUUCGUGAUUACGUAUAGUACGUGAAGAACGAUGUUUGUAAACGUCGAUUGGGUGUAUUUGUGGUUUAGAGAUUGGAGUCAUAUGGCGGCCAUCGCCCUCAUUACAGUUUGCGGUCUUGAGUAUAUGGAUAUGUCACCCACUAAUCAGUUAUCUAGAGAAGAGACGACUAGUGUACAAAUAUGCUCGCUAACGUAAAUUGAAUGCACUGACUAUCUAGUAACGUACUUCGUAUGCACUUUGCGGACUUCUUCCUCUUCCAUCAGCCUCGACAUUUCUUCUUUCGACACAUCACCAUCCUGACCACAGUGACCUUCGCCCUACUAGAACACCAUCUUCUAUUAAAAAAAACAAGAAAG